AUGACUGUGGCUGAAGGAUUACAUGACUCGUCCUCCGAGAGCGGCAGCGGCAACGGCCUGCCCGCCCUGACCCCGCCCUCCUCCGCCGUGACGGACGGCGCCAUCGUCAGGGAAACGGAGGUCGUCAACGGCAACGGCGGCCCCGCCCCGCUGGACUUCAGCACCCCGACCUCGUCCUCGUCCUCGUCGGAGGACCAGCAGCCGAUGAACCUGAGCGACGCGCCGCCGCAGCGCCUGUCCGCCUCCCACCUGCCCGUCACCGUGUCGGCGGCGGCGGCGGCGCUGCUCGGCGCGCUGCACCCCAACGCCCCCGAGGAGCUGCGCAGGAAGUACCCGCUGGCCGCCAAGCCGCCGCUUCCGCCGCAUCCGGCGCUGCCGCUCCCUCUACCGCACGCGCACGCCGCCCACAGCGCGCACACCCCCAACACACACGCGCACUCCGGAGAGCUGCGACUGGACCGAGACGGCCGCGACUACGGAGGCAAGUCUCCACAGUUCAGCUCCGGCGGCAGCUACGACAGCGUGAAGAUGGACCUGAGCGCCGAGGACCUGACCAUGGGUCGCCACGGCAGCCAGGUCGCCCCCGACGACGACGACGACGAUCACGACGACCACGACGACAACGACAAGAUCAACGACACCGAGGGCGUCGACCCCGAGAGAUUAAAGGCCUUCAACAUGUUUGUGCGUCUGUUCGUGGACGAGAACUUGGACCGGAUGGUUCCCAUCUCCAAGCAGCCCAAGGAGAAGAUCCAGGCCAUCAUCGAGUCCUGCAGCAGACAGUUCCCCGAGUUCCAGGAGCGAGCUCGCAAACGCAUCCGCACCUACCUCAAGUCCUGCCGGCGCAUGAAGAAGAACGGCAUGGAGACCCGCCCGACUCCGCCUCACCUCACCUCGGCCAUGGCUGAGAACAUCCUGGCGGCCGCCUGCGAGAGCGAAUCACGCAACGCCGCCAAGAGGAUGCGCCUUGAAGCCUACCACGAUGAGCAGAUCUCUCUGGACAAGCCGUCCGGCGGCGGCAGCGGCGGCGGUCUGAGGGAGCCGGCGUCGCUCGCCCACUCGGCCUACUCGCUGGCCGCCUCGGCCUUCUCCUCCCAGGACACCCAGCUCUACAUCAACGGCGCCGGCCUCAGCUACGGUUACCGUGGAUACCCGGGCCUGGGCGCCGCCAUGCAACAUCCCGUUUCCCUGACGACCGGCACCGCUGCUCAGAGCAACGGCCCCACAGACCUCAGCAUGAAGUCCCUCUCCUCCGCCAACAUCGCCAACUCCGCCGCCGCCGCCGCCGCCAACAGCCUGGGUGGGCGGGGCAGCGGCGGCGCCGGAGGGGGCGGGGCCUCCACCCAGCUCAGCCAACCGGAGAUCACGGCCGUGCGCCAGCUGAUCGCCGGCUACCGGGAGUCGGCCGCCUUCCUGCUGCGCUCGGCGGACGAGCUGGAGAACCUCAUCCUGCAGCAGAACGUGAUGGAGGUGACGGAGGUGAUGGAAGUGACGGAGGUGAUGGAGGUGAUGGAGGUGAUGGAGGUGACGGAGGUGACGGAGGUGAUGGCGGUGAUGGAGGCUCCUCGCCAUCUUCUCCUCAUCUGGGAACAAUCACCAUUAAAAGCUCAGUCUGCAGGAACAAAGUCCGGCUUCAUGCCUUCGACCCGCCCGACUCCGCCUCACCUCACCUCGGCCAUGGCUGAGAACAUCCUGGCGGCCGCCUGCGAGAGCGAAUCACGCAACGCCGCCAAGAGGAUGCGCCUUGAAGCCUACCACGAUGAGCAGAUCUCUCUGGACAAGCCGUCCGGCGGCGGCGGCAGCGGCGGUCUGAGGGAGCCGGCGUCGCUCGCCCACUCGGCCUACUCGCUGGCCGCCUCGGCCUUCUCCUCCCAGGACACCCAGCUCUACAUCAACGGCGCCGGCCUCAGCUACGGUUACCGUGGAUACCCGGGCCUGGGCGCCGCCAUGCAACAUCCCGUUUCCCUGACGACCGGCACCGCUGCUCAGAGCAACGGCCCCACAGACCUCAGCAUGAAGUCCCUCUCCUCCGCCAACAUCGCCAACUCCGCCGCCGCCGCCGCCGCCAACAGCCUGGGUGGGCGGGGCAGCGGCGGCGCCGGAGGGGGCGGGGCCUCCACCCAGCUCAGCCAACCGGAGAUCACGGCCGUGCGCCAGCUGAUCGCCGGCUACCGGGAGUCGGCCGCCUUCCUGCUGCGCUCGGCGGACGAGCUGGAGAACCUCAUCCUGCAGCAGAACUGAUUCUGGCGGGAAAAACACACACACUUAACACACACACACACACACACACACACACACUUCCUGUUCUGUUUAUUUUGUCCACCACACCUCCUCUUGUUUUCGCUCCUUGAAUCUGGGCGUUUCCCCUCCUCUGCCUUCUCUUCGGGAAACUUUUAUUUUGAAGGAAGCGUGGAAACGGAGCGACUAAUCCCUCGAUCCACCGAUUCUGCCUGAGGACAAAUCUGAACGACCACAAUGAUUAGAAAAAAGGAAAAAAACAAAAAAAAAAAGGAGGAAUCUUCUUCUUCUUCUUCUGCGGAAGCACCUCACAAUCAGCGACGAAGACGAGGAGCGAAGACGACGGCGGGUUGUUGAUUCUGCUGCUGUGGGUUCAGAAAAGAACAUUUAAAAUUUAAAAAAACAAAACUUUCUUUUUCCUGUGAAGCUCGGGGAGUUUUGAGCAUCAUCCUAACAAAUUAAAAAAUAGUAAAUCCCACAGA